AAUAUCAUUCUGAACACUAUAUCCUUUACAAUGUUUUCGGAUACACGCAUUUUUCUACGAGAUCGAGACAUUCAAAGAUAUGAUCAAAUUUGUGGAAUAGAAACUAAUCUUCCCUUCUAAUAUUAAAAGCUUUGUGAUUAUGAGUUUGUCUUUACUUGUAGAGUCCUUUGUUAAAAACAAAUCGCAAUGACUUCUAACCGAGGCAAUUCGCAGACAAGACAUUUUUCCACUGGUGGUAAUUCUGCUAUCGAUUACCUCACUGUUCCUGAUCAUGAUCUGCAGCUGAUACCACCACAAAGUCCGGGUAGUCUGUCGGUUCCAAGUUCCUGGAAUCGUAAUACUGCAGCUGAAGAAUGGCGACGUGCAAGCAGUACAGCUUCGUCAAUAUUCGAUUUAUCAACUGAAGCGGAACAGUUAGAACGGGCUUUGCAGGAAAAUGAUACCUUGUCACUGACGAAGAUUCUCAAAUUACACCAUACCAAAUUUCCAGUAACAAUAAAUAGUGAUAACUUUACUGAACGAGGCAGUUGUGAUUCUUAUAGUCAGCGGAUCAGUCAAGGAAGCCAAAACUACGUCGAACGAAAUGACAGAAGAGAAAGUGUUGUAACGGAUAUAAGUGAUGUUCCGGCAAUAUUUCGUACAUCACUUCAUGUUGCCGUACAAAAUGAUUCAGUUGAUGUCUUGAAAAUUCUAUUAAAAUGUGGUAUUGAUCCAAACAUGCCGAACCAGUUUUGUUACAGUGCAUCACGUAAAAAUAGUAUCAUCACUGAAACAUCUUACCCUGUCAAUAAAGAAGAUGUGGAAACCAAAUUUGUAGUUAAACAGAACAAUAAAACAUCUAAUUAUCAGGCGGCUUCUUCUUCAACCAAACUGCAGGUGGCUUCGCUUAUAAAUGAAUCUCGCCAACACCAUCAAUCGAGAAACUUGUCUUCUACUCCAGCAAAACACGAGAUCUUAUUUGAAUUUUCUUUCAACUACAGUCAAGAAGAAUUGUUCAACUUACCAGUACUCUACUUGGCUAUUAUCAAUGCGAACGCACCAGCAGUUGAUCUUCUCUUAAAAUAUAACGCUAACCCGAACAUCCAAGAUCGACAUGGUGUCACACCGUUGCAUCUUGCAUCCUGUGCCGACUUUUAUAAUGAGAAGUGUAUUCGCCAUUUGAUGAAACAUGGCGCCAAAAUCCAUAUGCAAACGUUCUUUGGUGUGUCUGCAUGUAAUAUUCGGUCGAGUCUUGACAAAGAGCAACUAGAUGUUAUAAAAGAGAUGAUGAAACUUGAAAUUUCAACAAAAUGUCAAUCUAAAAUUUACAACAUGGGAGUUAGCCAAGAUUCGUCAACUUCUUCAAGUGGAGUUUCUCGAUUUUUCAAGAGACUUAAUAGUGAGAAAUUAAAAUUCAAAGACAGACGCGUUGCUUUAACGGAAAGCUUUAUUGAGUCGGAUUUAGCCGAAAGAACAUCGACCAGUUCCUACCGAAGCGCUCGAAGCAGACAGCAGUCAAAUCGUUUCAGCAUUACUGAUGACACGGAAACAGACAUAUCAAUGUACGACGCUGUAUCAGUACAGGACAACAAUUCAGUAUCUCGCGCCAAAAUGAGUUUACGCAAAAAUGAAAGAUCGAAACAGAGACUAUCUGGAGUUCAAGAAAACCAAGAUAAAACAGCUUGCGAAGAUACUGAAAGGUCGUUGGGUGCUCUGAAAAAGUUAGCCUGCAAUCCAGAAUGUCUUUCAGCUCUUUUGGAUGGACUCGGAUCAUACCUGAAGACUGUCAUAGGGAUUGUCGACCAGAUAGAAUGUUCAGGAGUCGAAAAGGCUAUCAAUGAAUUGUUCAACCAAAUUAUACGGACCUGCUGUGAACAACUGGAAGGCGCCCAAUCCGACGAUGAAAAACAUUCUCUGUUCCUGGAAUUAACUAAACUGUUAGGAAUUGGUUUUGAUCUCCUGCGAGGGAAGCAAUCUUUACAUUUUACGGCUUUAAGUACUAUUAACCGAAUCCUUGAUUUAUGCAUUUAUCAUAGGAAUUAUGAAAUUGGCUCUUUAACAGACAGCAUUGAAAACAUUGCUGCCUGUCCGAAUGCAAACAUUGAUAAUAACACUAACCGUGGGUUAUCAAUGCGUAAAGAACCAAUUACUCAAAAGACAUCACUCGAUGAGACAUCGAAUCUUAGUCGUAAACCAUCAUCAAGUUCGAAGAAAUUUGUCCUCAAGGAACAAAGUUAUAAUGAUCGUCUACAAGAAGAGGAUGAUUUACGCAUACCUAUAAUGCCGUUAAAUCGAACUCCAUUAGAAAUUCUGACCAAUUCUGACCCCAGUCAGAUUCUAAGUGUAUUACACAAUAAUAUCACAAUGCAUAAACGCAUAAUAGGAACUCGGCAAAAGUGCUCACCUAGCACGAGGCGACGGCAAUGUACACAUCACUGCCUACAAAUUUUAAGUGCGCGAAUUCUUGUCGUAAUGUGUCAUGGAGCUAACGUCCAACAUAGAGUUGUCGCUGAUGGCCACGUAAAGACCUUGGUCGAAGCCUUGGAUCCUAACAACGAUCCGCACUUGCUGUGUCUCUUGUUACAAGCCCUGGCAUGUAUUGCUAUGAACCCAAACUAUCAUCCAGUUCUCAGCGAAGCGGAUAUCGCAGAUAUGCUAAUGCAGCUUCUUCUGCCUUCCGAUGAAUGGUACUAUACCAACCACAGCACCAAGUAUGCCAAAUACGUGAAAUACAACGCUGCGCGAAUUUUAGUUUACAUGGGUCUGCUUCAUAAGCUUGGUGGAAGAGUCGAUCUAUUCGACCGGAAACCAUUUCAAGAGACAGUGAGUAACGCUGUACUACAGGUUCACUCUCCCGAAGAUAGUUUCAUCGGAUUAAUGGCAAUGGGACGAAUUGUUGUCAUCAAUAAAAGCAAUCGCCUCGAAGCAGCGUCUCUUGAAGGACUUGUUGCAGAACUCAUUGAGGAAGCUGUAAAAGAAGAGAAUGAGUGUAUGCAGCCUCCAGCAAUUCAUCUCUCCAGUUCAGUUCAAAGUUUGUGCGAUGUUAUUGAACCAGCCGUCGAUUCAUGUUCACCCUACAAAGUCUCUCCACUUAUUUCUCCAGCAAGUUCAGUGUCUUUUCUUGCAGAUAACAAUACAAAAACAUUCCGAGAAUUUUUACUCAGUGCUCUCCCUAUGCUUGUCCAUCCAGUUAUCAUAUUACGCCUUUUAGCUCAUAAACUAUUUGGAAAUAUGGUGAAACGAAAAACCCUUUCAUCAGAUUGUAAAUUAAAACCACCAAAAGUUCUCCCAAUGGAAAUUUGCCCACCUAGAGACAACUUAAGAGAAAAUAUCGGAGAGACAAAUGGAGAUGGUAACAAAGAAUCUCUGCCCAAAAGGCGGAAAAUUAACCUUCAUGUACAAAUAACAAAUUCACAAGAAGAGAACAACAUCGCCAAUAACUCACUCAAGGUAUGUGAAAGGGACUUAGCACGACCAAAUACAUUGCAAAUAAAAAACGGUACAACCAAGUCUGCCUUGAGAGUGAUUAGCGAGAGUUUGGUCACUCCUUUGGAUCUGAAUAUAACUGCCUCUCCAUGUAGUUUAGAUAGCAAUCAUGGCACUCCAGAUGGUGACGCGUCAAAAACCUCCAGAAAGCUAUUUCGUUGGCCAAGUAAAAAACGUCUUUCAAAAUCCAAUGUUAAUGUUUCAGUGACACACAGAGAUAGUGUGUGUAGUCAGUUAAGUCAAGUUAGUUCUAAGCCAUCUUCGAUUUCUUCCACACCAGAUAUAGAUAUAGCUGCAUUCCAACGAGAGCUUAUCAACUUACCUACAUUUGUAAUGGAUACUGCAAUGUCAGACAUUUCCCCAGUGUUUUCUCGAUCCAGUUCUGUCCCCGAAAAUCUAUCAUGCCGUGUAGUUAGCAGCUCAUCAGUAGAAGACACUCUUUAUUCAAUCACUACUGAUAAUUUUGCUUCGGAUAAUGCUUUAUGUAACAAAGCCAUUUUACCCAGUGGCCAAGUGCUUGAUUCACUUUGUAAAUCUACUUCAGCUGUGACCAUAACUGCAACAAAUAUGGGCUCCGGCAUGAUAACAAAUACAGAUGAAGACUUUGCAGACACGUCCCUUACGAAUAUUGUGGUUCGAUUCGAGCCUCCAUCGUCACCCUUGGGUUCAAGUUCAAGCCAAAGUCCGCAUACAUUUUGUGACUUAUUUACUCCUAGAAAUUCUGUUACAAAUAGGGAUGAUAAAAUAAAUUUGUCAAGCCAAAUGUCUACGGAUAAUAAUUCAGCGGUGAUUGAGAAAUUCAUUGGUCAGUCAAGUAACAGUCCAGAAUCAGAUAUCAUUCCAUCUUUCAUGAAUAUCAACGGCAAUAUACAGAUGUCUACACCAAUGAGAAAUUUAUUAAAUGAGAUUCCUUAUGAUCAUCGAGGUGUUCUCAAAGUCAUGAAUACGUGGGUUAGCGUGUGUAAGACUGAUCUUGAGAGUGGUUCCCUUGUGAUCCACGAAAUGCGCGAUUUCCUUAAUAAGCUGUCAGUGUUAGGACAUGAUUACAAAGCAUGGUGCCAUCAGAUAAGCAAUUUACUACAACUCGAGGAACGAACCAUCACAAAGACUUCCAAAGACGAUUCCGAAGAUAAAGAGAAUUGCCAUUUGCAAUACAAAAGACUGCAACAGAUGGUUGUAUGCGGCGAGCUUCCAUGCACUAAAGAUGAAUCAGCAAUAUUCGCUGGUAUUCAACUUCACAUUGAAGAAGCCUGGCCUGAGGAAAAUACAAGUUCAGCAUUGGACCCAAGUGGAUUAUACAAUCAUGUCUCAUACAAAGUGCCUUGCAAACAUCCAGCAAAAGCGACGACACCAGCAGCAGCAGCAGCUACUGUUAUUUCCGAUGAUAGUGGACACCACACUGUUCAUACAUCCGUGGACAAGGAACAUCAGGAAAACCUGCGCAAGAAAAAAGAGUUGAUACGUACGAAUAAAACCAAGAAGGUGCCAAGCAAUCGAAGACGCGGUCGGCUAGUCAAGCAUCUGAUGUGCUUCAGUGACUAUGAAUAUAACUCAAUCAGUGCUGUCUGUUUAGAAGAUUAUCUACCUCCAGAGUACACUACAUCAAGGAAAAUUCGAGAACUUAUUCAGGAUAAACAGAAAAAGUUGUGGCAUACGCCAUAUUAUGACAAUGAAAUCAAACUGAAACAACUUUAUAUCAAAAUCUGCAAAAACCUACCUGCCUAUGGAUGCAAACUAUACCAGGUGAAAGAAAAUCUCAGAGGGAAUACGCAGAAAAAGGAAACGAAUCAGGGCUCAUGUUGUAAGGAUCCUGUAUGUUGUCUAAUUGUCACAGAUGCUGUAGCUAGACAGAAUGACACAAAGGUAUCCAGGUUACUGGGUAUAACACAUGAAAAGAUCAUUUUACUUGACCACAAGAGUAAGGCAUUAGUAAAAUCAGAAUACAUCGGUGAUUUGCAAGAGUGGUAUACUGGAGAAGAUCGAGCCCAUGGUGGACUAGUACUGGAGUUUCGAGGUGCUAAACCAUGGAUACUGACAACACCUUCGGUUGAAAAUCUGAAGUAUGUAGCUGCAGCUCUUUGGGAAGCCAUGGAUAUUGAGGGCCGUUUCCUUGCAUCUAGUGGUUUACGAAGAAACAGUUUAGAUUUUGAUUAUAGCCGGCGGCACUUUGUGAUGCAAUCAGAUAUAGGAACAAAUUAUAUAUAUACUGAAGAACUUCUAUUAAUCCAAAAAAUUCUUCAUUUUCCUGAAGAAGUAGCUUUAUCGUUAACAGAGACGGAAUAUGAGUUAUUCAAUCGAAUACCUCCUGCACAAUACAUACGCCAAGUUAGUCUUGACCUUAUCAGACCAAUAACAAAUAAAAAACAAGUAUCAGUUGAGGAUCUUCUUCAAAGAUUUGGAGAGGUCAGCAGUUGGAUUACCCAUUUAAUCAUUACCCAACCAACACAUGAUGACAGAAAAGCCAUACUAUCCUGUAUCCUCAGAUUAGCUUCAUAUUGUCUUAUUAUUGGAAACUUCAACUCUGCCAUUGAAAUUGUAACUGGCCUUAAAUCUGAUAAGCUGAAACCAUUUUGGUUAAAUUUGAGUGAAAAUGAAAGGAGGAGUUUCCAAUCCUUAUCAGAGCUAUUAUUGUCUGCUGAACCAAGCAGAGAAUUUCGGGAAGCAGUCAACAGGUCCUUAGAUAUUCCAGACUGUAAAGUAGUGCCUUUUAUUGGAGGAUUUCUCAGGAAUCUACGAGCUGUAUUUGUUGGUGUACCAAGCAUUAUUGUAUUGGCUUCUGAAGAAAAUCAACCAUUGGAGUUUGCUCCCGAUUACAAUGGGGAAGAUCGAUACAUGACCAGAAUAGGGGUCGGUGGACUUAUGAACCUCCACAAGUUAAAAGAAGCUCAUACAAUCAUGAAUGACAUUUGCCUUUUCCAUCAUCAUGCAAUCGUACAAAAAGCACAAAACCAAAUUUCCAGUGAUCAUAAAUCCAAUGUUAUGAACAACACUACAAAUUUAACAAAUAAAACCAAUGUUGAUGAAACAGAAGAGAAAGUUGCUGAAGAGAAGUGUGAGGUUCCCCAUGAAUUUAGCCAUGGAAAUGAAGAUGAUGAAGACAGUGAUAGUGAUUAUGACCUUGAUCUUGAUUCUUACCAACCAAUUUGUCCUAUCAAUAAUGAUCAUGAGGUCAGUUUACUGACACCCAAAAUCUCUAAAGUCAGUCUGCAUCAGUUACAGUGUAUGCAUCAUGGAAGUACAAUGGUGAGGCAUGAACUUGAUACAAACCGUUCUGUUGUUGUUUGUCUCAAACUUGAAAGUGAUAACAGAACACUUACUUGGCAGAAACCUUCCUGGAGUGCUCUGAGAGGGAGCCCUUCUCCACCAGAUUACACUCUGAAAUCAGACUUUGAUUUAUCUUCAUCUAAUACAAUAUCUCUACGUUAUAAUACAGACGAUGAUGUGAUGGAAGGACUAGAAGAAGGCUUCAUUGAUAUAAAUAUCAUAAAAGAUGUGUAUUUGGGAGCUGAUAUUGCUGAUUUUGCAGCUAUUGGUAAACGAUAUGGUUUAGGUAAUUUUGUGCCAGAGAAAAAUUGCCUUUGUCUAGUUUAUGGCUAUAAUAUAACGGAAAACAAACUGAUUUAUUUCAUAGCACCAGAUAUGGUGGCCAAAAUAUGGUUUCAAGGUUUACAGAGUCUUGUAAAAGCAGCAACUAAAGUCAAGAACCAAACUGACAAAAGAGGUCAGUGGCUAAAGACACAGUACCUUCAGCUGUAUUAUGAGAAUGAUAAAUGCCAGGGACCAACACCAGCAGAAGCAAUAAGGACAUUCGGUGGCAGGCGAUGGUCAAGUGGUACCCAGAAUGUAAACAAUUCUGUUGAAACUCAAGUAACUUCAAAGAAAGGAACUCAAGGAUUUGGUGGACCAAUAAUUUUCAAAAAAAAACAUAGUUCAGGAAUUGCUUCCUCCAAAGAUAUCAGUCCGAAAGGUUCAAGCAGCUCUAGCACAUUUAGCAGUUGUGAGUCAACAUCAAAAGCUACUUACAGCCAUCAGCAGACUCCUAGCCCAACCCGUAAAUCAAAAUCUGAACCCAGUAAAAACUUCUUGAAUGAUCCAGUGAUAAACCAAAUUCAAACAACCAACUAUUUGCCAGGCUUUAGAUCAAGGAAUAUUACAUACAGCUUUACAGAGCAUUACCAUUCCAGGCGACGGAAACGAUCUCUCAAUGCUGGCAGAUGUCUUCCCUCUUCUGAAAGUAGAUCAAUCGCUAUCACACAUUCAACACAGUUGUCUUUCUUGGAUUUUGUGGAUUUAUUCAAAGCAUUUGAGUUACGGUGUCGUAAAGAUUUAAAAGACUUAUUCGAACAAUUUGCCAUUACCAAAACACUUGCAGAGAUUGAAGAAACAGUUUCCUAUGACCAUCACAUGUACAAACCAUCAACUAAAGACAUGGGUCUUGUAACGAGGGUGAAUACAUUUGAUCUUGGCUUAGAACAACAACAGCGGCGGAAAAUUUGUGAUGCAAUUGCAGCAGCUAGUAUUGUGCAUAAUUGUGCAGGAGUUGAUACAACUCAGAACAGGUUCAUGGGAAUGCAGCAGUUUCAACAUUUCCUGGAGGACUAUCAAGAAGAAAGUGUGGAUAAUGAAAGAAUUUAUCAGCUGAUUCAGCUUCAUGAACCUAAUCCAAUUCCACGAGAACAUGGAUAUCUUUCAUUUGAAGGCUUUGCCCGGUAUCUGAUGGAUAAAGAGAACUAUGCAUACAUAAAUGAAAAACUAAAGUGCCGAAAAGAGGAUAUGGAUCACCCAUUGUCUCAUUACUACAUAGCAUCUUCACAUAACACAUACCUAACUGGUCAUCAGCUCAAAGGAGAAUCAUCAGUGGAACUGUAUAGUCAAAUACUCCUAAUGGGUUGCCGAUGUGUAGAACUUGACUGUUGGGAUGGAGAUGAUGGAAUGCCAAUUAUAUAUCACGGACAUACACUCACUACAAAGAUCUCAUUUAAGGCAGUUGUAGAGGCUAUCAACAGAGCAGCAUUUGUUAAUUCCCCAUAUCCUAUAAUCUUGUCCAUAGAAAACCAUUGCUCAAUACCACAACAACAAAAAAUGGCACAAAUAUUUGUUUCCACAUUCGGUGAUAAACUGGUAACAAAAUAUCUGUUUGACAGUGAUUUCAGUGAUGAUCCUCUACUACCAUCUCCAAAUCAACUCAAAUACAAAAUUUUAAUAAAAAACAAAAAAUUAAAAGAUUUUGAUAAUCAAACUACAAUUAAAAAAGUUUGUACCCAUUCUCGAACAAGCAGCAUGAUCUCUUCUGAAAGUGCUUCAAUCAAUUUUGAAGAGGAUGAUGAUGAAGAUGAUGACGAAGAUGACGAUGUUGCUGAUGGCUGCCAGCUCUAUCGGAAACAAUUUGAGAAAGAUAUGCGGCGUUCAGUUGACAGCCAAGGAAGUCAAACACCAGAACAAGAUGAAAAAUCAAAACAUACUCGGUUAAGAGCUGAUUCUUUUGGAGAUAUUUCCAGACAAGGAAUACCUCGAAGUUCGUCAUUUGGAGAGAAGAACCGUCCUAAAACACAACCUGACCUUGAUUGGCCAAUUGAGGACGAUAUGCCUGAAGCAAAAGUCAUAUUGAAGUCAAAACAGAAAAAGGACAGUCAAAUCGCCAAAGAACUCUCUGAUUUAGUCGUCUACACACAAGCAGUUAAAUUUAGAAGUUUAUCAGUGAGUCCAAGUACGUCCGUCAAACAAAAAAAAAUAUCAUCAAAAAAAGGCAUUCUAUCUUCCAGUCACAGUGGAUCUCCUGGUUCUUCAGCAAGCAUGAGCACAGUUACAGAGAAAUCGGAAUUGAACAUUACACCUGCAAUGAUGAGGUCACGUCGAGGAGAUUCCACGCCACCAGCUUACCUUCUGUCAUCAAUGAAUGAGAACAAAUCCAAAGCAUUGUGUCGGCGCUGUCCAAAUGGAUUGAUUACUCAUACAGAGAAACAACUGAUGAGAACGUAUCCGGCUGGAGUAAGAAUAGAUUCUUCCAAUUUUAACCCAAUGCAGUUUUGGAUAUUUGGAAUACAAAUGGUAGCUCUUAAUUACCAAACUGAAGACACAGCCAUGGCACUGAAUACGACAUUGUUUGAACAGAAUAGAAAAUGUGGACUAGUAUUGAAACCUGAAGUUAUGUGGGAUAAGAAUCAUGUCAUGUACACACGAUUCAGUCCAUUUGAUAAAGAAUUUGAUGGGAUUCAUGCAACGGUGCUCACACUUCAUUUGAUCUCAGGUCAGUAUGUAAAUCCAAGUCUGAGUGCCCACACACAAGUGGAAGUAGAAAUCAUUGGUAUUCCUGUUGACUGUACAAAACACAAAACCAAAGUUAUACAACGUAAUGCCUUAAACCCUAUAUGGAAUGAUGUCUUCAAUUUUCAGAUUAUGUUUGUUGAUCUGGCAUUCAUCCGUUUCCUCGUCAUUGACACCAGUACUGGCCAUAUGGUCCUGCAGCGAAUAAUUCCACUCAAACAUUUGCGUCCUGGAUAUCGACAUGUUCGGUUACGCAACCCCCUAAAUCAGCCAACUGAACUAGCAACUUUAUUCAUUUACUCUAAACUGGAAGAAGACCAACUGGAUCAGUGCAACAACAUAGACCUUAAUGCUGAUAUUCUUGGCAAACGGCGGUCGCUUCUAGCGAAAGUCAAAGACUUUUCUGAUGUCUCCAAAGUUGAUGCUGGGAAAGAUUUAUCUACGAACAUUGUCACUACAGUUGGUAAACAGAAACGGAGAAUGUUUAUUGUCACCAUAUUCGGCCUCAGCACGCCAGAUGACUAUGUAAUUUUAAAGAUCUCCCAAGAUACAUCCGUCUGUGAUGCUAUUGCAUUGGCUUUACUAAAGGCAGGGAAAAGUGAAGAAAAAGUUGCGAAUUAUGUCUUGGUUGAAGAAGUUCAAAGUGGUUGGGAGAGAAAAGACCAGGAAAAGCCUUGUACUCAGAGAAUUCUGGAUAUGUCUGAAAAACUACUAGCAUCUCAAAAUAAAUGGAAGGGAUCAGGCAAAUUUAUCCUUCGAAAAAUGAGUGAUGACCCAAGUAGUCGUGCUUGGAUGACCACCAUGUUAACAAAUGAACAAAAGAAAAAAAUGGACUCAACUGAUGAUGACUCAGCAGUUUGGGAUUCAGAAGAGAAUAUGUUUUUAGUAUGUGUAUAUAAUGUCUCACCAGAUCAGCCCUAUACAGUAUUUAAAGCACCAGUAUCAAGUACAGCUCAAGAUAUAAUCACUCAGGCUAUGAUGAAAUCUCGGCGCAUCAACAUGUGUGAUCCACGGGAUUUUGUUCUUGUACAAGAAUUGGAAGUAUUGUUCACAUCAGACACAGCUAGCAGUCAGAGAAACAGUCGGACAGUACAGAAAAGUGAACGGCACGUAUUAAGCAAUGAAGAUAAUGUAUAUCAAGCUCAAAAUGAAUGGAAAACAUUUGGGAAAUUCAUUCUCCUGCACAGAAACAAAGUGGAUGAUGAAUUUGAGUUAUGUGAUAAUAAGAAAAAGAAGGGUUCUAACUAUAUGGGAUCACUUUCUAGAGGAACAGCUAAUAUAGCUAAGAAAAUUGGUUCUAAACGAUCAGGUCGUGCAGCAUCCUCAUUUGAUCAUUCUUCUCUAAACAGUUCUGAUGAAUCUCUUCAGAAAAUAACUCGAUGGCCAUCCCCUUGUACAGGUGAUGGGAGCAAUUUUGGCGGUGCUGCUGAACUCAGUGGGAGUGGUUCCUCUUUAGAGAAGCGUUCAAGCCAUUCAGUUUCCCGCUUCAAAAAGAUCUCCAACAAACUCAACUUAAAAUUUAAAUGAAAGCUUCAUCUAGAAUACAAAAAUCCCAACUAUGAUAACAGAGAGAAGAAAAGCUGAUGGUGAUGACUGCGAUGGAGAUGUCAAAGACGAUGGUGAAAAUGUCGCUGAUUAUGAUGAAUGACAAUGAAAUUGAUGAAUACAUAACAAUAAUAAUGCCUUCAUUAAAAGGAGACAUUUCAAAGUAUAUUUACCAAUAUAUUGUCACAGACAUACCAGCUUGUAUUUAUUUUGAUUUCAUCUACAUGUACAUACAGAGAUACAUACAUGCAUAUAUGUUGAUGGAUGUGUGCAAGUGUGUUUAUGUAUAUGUGUGUAAUGUCCUAAGCAAGUUGGCACGCAUUACUAAUCCUAUGCAAAGGAAGUGGUUUAUUUCCCACAAAUACACCAAUGCUACUACUACCAAUACUACUUAGUAAGAGUAGCAGUAUGACUACUAUAAAUACUACUAUUAGUACAAUUAUUGUUACUAAUCACAACCAUUAUAUGACCAACAGAAACACAAGUUCCACCACCAGAUUUUUGUCUUCAGUUGUGGUCAUUUUCAUAUAGCUAAAAUUGGAAAAUAAAAAAAAAAUAAUAAUAAUAAAAAUCAGGAAAAAAAAAGGAAAUUUUUUUUUCUUUACUAAUGUUCAAAAA